AUGGUGGCUGUUGCGGCGACCGCAUUCGGACUUGCCUGUGGUAGCUCCGAAGACCCUGCGACACCAUUGCCUGCGGCACCUGCAAAAGCUGCAGCCGAAGCUGCGCCAGCUCAACAAGCGGCGCCGGCGGCAACCGCACGACCAGCUGAAAAAGCUGCCGCUGCGGCGAAAGCUGCUCCCGCCCAAAAGGGUGAGGCAGCAAUGGAUGCUGCCCCCGCUGCGACCGCCGCUCCGGCGGCUCCUGCAGCCGCAGCUAUGGCUCCGACAACCAUGGAAGAGGAUGUCGAAGUCGUCUACGCGGUCCGGCGCGUCGGCGCAGUUAUCGGUCUAGCGACAGUUGGCCCGUAUUCUGGCACGCCGACAGUCUCUGGCGGUGUGGAAGAGUACUUCUACGUCUUCGAAAACGGUGACCCGAUGACGCCAGAAUUGGUUGAGUCUUGGGACAUUGACCCCGCCGGUACUCGUGUGCGCAUGACCAUGAAACAAGGCCCCGAUGGCAACGGUGUUCCGUACAACUCGCCAGUCGGAUUCGAGGACAUGGACUUUGGCGUCGCUGACGCCGAUAGCAUCGUUCGGUACUUCAAUGAGUCGAACGCCACCACGAACCCCGACACCACAUACGGAAACUCUGGCGACCUCGCCGCGAUCUUCUUGGAAGCCAAGAAGGUUGACGAUUGGACGGUCGAAAUCGGACUGGUAUCCCCGGUCUAUUUCUGCCUACCGAUCUCCCAGUUCGGUUGCUUAAGUGCAGCGCGCGGUCUCUACUACCUUGCACACGCCGACUCCAUGGGAGUUGAGUGGGCUCGCGAACACCACAUCGCCACCGGCCCGUUCGUCCAAGGGCACUGUGUACCGGGCGACCGUUGCACGACAGAAGCCGUGGAUGGCCACUGGCGCGUCAGCGAUACCGACAUCGACUUGUUCACGCAGAUCCAGGUCUCCGAGAACAACACUCGAAUCGCAAUGCUUCGCAACGGAGAAGCCGACUUGGCCGCUUUGGACUUCAAACUUGUUCCUGGCGUAGUCCAAGAAGGCUACCGCUUCCUAGAGACAAUGCCUGGUGGCUUCGUUGGUCAGUCCAUCUUGUUCCCGGGUCUUCUUUGGGAGCACUCGCACGCCCGAACUGAAGAACCGCUAGAGCCUUGGGCUUGUGGCGAUGAUCGCACCAGCGCCGCUAUCGACAACGGUUGCGGUUCUGGCCCGAACGAGGGUCCGUACACACAGGACUACCCGUGGAUUGGUAACCCUUGGGGAACCGAGGACGCGCCUUGCACUGACGGUGAUGGCCCUGGACGCGAACGUUGCGGAAACGCGCCGUACGCGGACACUAACAACCCUCCGGGGAUUGAUGACAUGGAACAGGCUCGCCUGGUCCGCGCCGCUUUGUCAGUCGCUAUGGACAGAAACGAAAUCAACAACGUCUUCCUCGAUGGCAAAGGCACUCCCAUCUACUCCGAGUACAUGGGCCCAGAGUAUCCUGGUUGGGAUGCAGAUCGUAACACUGGAUGCUGGGACUGGAUCGGUAACCGGAUCGACUGCUCACCAUUGGCCGCUGGAACCCCGUUCGAGAACGGUGUCCCAUGGGAAGCCCCCAACGGCGACUUAGCGUUGGCUGAUGCAUUGCUCACCGCAGCCGGCUACCCGCUGGUUGGCGGCAAGCGUCAAGGCAUCGAAAACCUUACGUUGCAGGCCUACGUUGCUGAAGCUGGUGAAGUCGGACUUGAAAUCGCCGACUACAUCACCUCGCAGUGGGAGCAGCUUGGUAUCGAAAUCGAACAGUUGAUUGAAGACUAUGGUGGAGUUAUCUCGCAGCGCAUGCGCCGGCGAGUACAGUUCCUCCCGGUCCUCAAGAACGGCGACGUUCACUCGAACGUCUACCCGCUUGACUGGCCGUUGCCGACCGUUGACACGUCAUCCAGCCGACCUGGUUGGGGCGUAGGCUUCGAGUCGCAGCCUGGCGGCAAGUGGUUGUUCGAGAUCCUCGCAGAGCAGGACAAGGCAGCUCGUGAAGCAUUGCACCUAGAGUGGGUCGAUUACUCGAUGUACUGGGUGCAGUACGCUGGUGCGUUCCAGGUGCCGAAGGGCAUCGUCGCUGGUCCGAGAAUCGCUGCUUGGAACGGUAGGCAACAGCACUACAGCAACGUUUCGACCAACCCAGAGUUCAUAACUCUGAGGUAG